CGCAUUCAACUGAUAAAAAAUAUUGCAAAUAUGAUGCUUAUGGCCAAGAUGCAUGCUAGGAAGGAUGAGGGCCAUUUAUUACUAGGGUACCUGUGCAUUUAUUUGUGGAAAUACUUCAAUUUUGAGUUUUUUUUUGCUCAGUCUUAGUCUCGGUCGCACGUUAUAAUAUUCCGCUAUUCAACCUAAACCUGUGGCAUUCUAAUCAACUUGUAUUGUUACGUAGUACGUAUAUUCCUUACUAUACAAUGGACCAUCAUAAAAGAAAAGAACACAUUGUCAUGCUAUAUGUCAUAUGAUACCAUAGCAUUGACUGAAACCCUAUAUCCAUCUAUCAGACUGUAUGAUACACAUUCGUAGCCCGAAUUGUUAUACUCAAAAUAAAGCCAUAUUUCGCAACCACCAAGGAACAGAAAUCAUUACAUGGUGCCAGAAGUGAAAGGUAAAACAUACAUCGACAUUCGGUAAGUGGUUAAAUCAGAUACCAAGACAGGAAAUAAAAGAAAACAGCUAGCAGACCGCGUCAGUGAUAGAACAUCAUGGCCGCAGGGUUCACGCCACCCGUUAUGUACUGGCAAACCAGCGAUAUCAACGACGAAUUCGCCAGAUUCAAGCAAUACUGUAAUCUAAUUUUCAAUGACCCAUUUGCAAAGAGGUCAGAUAAUGAAAAAUCCUCGUACAUCCUACUAUGGAUAGGCCGUCAAGGCGUAGAUAUCUAUAAUAGUUUCACUUGGGACAGCGAAGACGAGAAAACAAAUCCCGAGGACAUUUGGUCAAAAUUUGAAAAACAUUUAGCGCCGAGAACAAAUUUCAGGCCAGCUAGGUACCAGCUACAGCAGAUGAAGCAAUCAAACGACGAGAAUAUUGAUGAUUUUAUGACCAAAUGUUGCAAUCAUGCCAACAAAUGCAAAUUUCGUGACCAGCUUGAAAUAAACGAGCGCUUAAUCGAGCAGCUUAUCAUAGGCACCAAAUAUCGAAAAGCACAAGAGCGUAUACUAGAAUAUGGAGACGACCUUACAUUAGAUAAAGCCAUAGAUAUAGCUAGAACAUAUGAAGCUACAUUAGCGCAUGUGGCCCAGCUCCAGAGUGAUGAUGACAAACAUGUUCAAGCUGUCAGGAAAUACGAGAAUCGGCACAGGAAAUGCGGAAAUUGCGGAGGCGAACACGCGMCAAAGAAAUGCCCCGCAUAUGGUUCGACUUGCAAUUUCUGUUCAAGAUUGAACCACUGGGCUAAAGUAUGCCGUCAGAAAGGCAACCCUAGUGAAUCAGAAAACCCAAGCGCUAGAAAAGAACAACCAUACAAACAACGCAAUAACAAUAGGGAAGCACGCCAAGGCCGACGCGCUGUGCAUGAAAUGCAAACAGAUGACGAUUUCAAUGAAGAUUUCAAUACCCUACAUUUCCAAUCGA